ACACCUACUCCACGACCCUAUCCCGAUUACAGCAAACUUCCUGACUUUCACUACCUACCAGGUACGAAAACACCAACGACUGGCCGCAAACCUGAUGAUUAUCAGCCUAGAGCUCAAAUAAAACAGAUGUUCCAAGAGGGUACGCUCAAAGCCGGGGAUAAAAAUGCGAUCAAAGAUUUUUCUGAAAAAUAUAUUGUUUCAGAAAAGCUAGUUGCAGACUAUAUUGAUCAUCUGACUGACAUUGAACUAAGAAAAGAUAAGCGGCGAACAGAGAAUGACAGAAAGCGUACAGCAAGAAAGCAACAGGAAUACAAUGACAUUGACUGGGAAGAUCUUUAUAUUAUCACAAAAACCAAUUGUCAACCGUAAAAGUAGGUAAACUUGAACUGUAUAUUAAUCAUCACAAUAUUCUAUUUAAAGGGAAGAAAGAUGAGAAAGUGAGGGUUGUGAAGGCUCAUAUUGGCAGUAAGAUUUUGACUUCAAUUAUGCAGGAAAAACAGACAAACAUUCCUCUAGCCUCUGACUCAAAUCCAGAGUUUGACAGUGACAGUGACAGCGACGGGGUAGAGGGCAUUGUUGGAUCUUCUAGUAACUCUUCAGAGCUUAGUGACUCAGGAGAUCAGGCAGCGGAUAGACAACAGCUGGAACAAGAAACCAUACCUGAGUCAAGUACGUCACGAUACGGACGGAAAAGGACACGAGUACUCCGAGAAAAUUAUGUGCCAUGGAAUAAUAUACAUGUAG